GUUUGACUCUACUUAUAUACCAUCGAUAUCUAUACCACAGCAACGAUAGAAGUCUUGUUAAGGCGUUGCAUUGAUAAUGCCUUUGAGCGACAUUUUCUUCCUCGCUUUCGCAUUGGUGCCGCUCGCAUACGCCGAUGUCAGGUUCGACGUGCCAGGCCCUGGAGGGGUGGUUCCUGGGGGAACAGACUUCAAGGUUUCUUGGUCGGAGUCGGAUACUGCGCCGUCUAUAGAUGAUUUGGUCGAGUAUUCUAUAGCGCUCUACUCUGGUUCGAAUGAAGCGCCUACGCAACUAUUGACCCUCGUCCCAUCGGGAACCUUCGCCGAAAUCCCCAAUUCAGCAUCUAUAAAUAUCCCAGUUACGGCUGGUGAGCCUAUUACCAAUGCCUACUUCCUGGGAAUCCAAUCGACGACAAAAUCCGGAGAGUUCAUCACAAACUACUCAAGUAGAUUCACUGUCAACUCAAUGACUGGUAAAUUCCCCGAUACCAUCAAGGCUGCCCUGUCCACCGUUUCAGGCACAACAGGGCCAAUAACAGAAACCUCCAACUUGCGACCCAGAGUAGCUCAAGCAGCUCCAGCGGUCCCAGCAGCACCCGCAGUCCCGGCAGCCCCAGCCGCUCCGGUCCCAGCAGUUCCAGCUCCAGCAGUUCCAGCUCCCGGAGUCCCAGCUCCAGCAGUUCCUGCUCCAGCAGUUCCUGCUCCAGCAGUUCCAGCUCCCGGAGUCCCAGCUCCAGCAGUUCCUGCUCCCGGAGUCCCAGCUCCAGCAGUUCCAGCUCCAGCAGUUCCUGCUCCCGGAGUCCCAGCUCCAGCAGUUCCUGCUCCAGCAGUUCCUGCUCCCGGAGUCCCAGCUCCAGCAGUUCCAGCUCCAGCAGUUCCAGCUCCCGGAGACCCAGCCCCAGGUGCCCCAGCCGAUGGCUCAUGGUCCAUCCCGUACGACCAGCAAAAGGGCGACACCAGAUAUGCGCCUAUGCAGCCUAAGCCGGCAAAGGCGAUCACUGCCACAAAUACAAAGCCACUGUGGCCAACAUCAACGGUCAAGAUAGCCACGACCUUCUUGCCGGCAGCUACCAUAGUGACCACCAUAACACAACCGCCAACUGGCACGGCGGUGAUGCAUGCUAAUACGGCCGCUGCCCAAUCGCAACCUGACAAUGACAUGCAGAAGUAUCUCAAGAGGUGGAAGGACUGACGUGAUGAAUGAGGUCCUGUCUCAUGGAUGGCACAGGUGUGAGAUAAUUGGAAUUAACUGGCGCUACUUAGACUGGAGGUAUUUACCAUAUAUUAUGGCGCAAUGUGAGACUGUUGGAUAGUCAAUGAGGAGGGCCCGAGAGACAUUGGAGACUGGUUGGUUUUAACGUUUAUAGAUUUGGAUGGCGUCAUGGAAAGUGUAGCUGAAGCGGCCACUUAUGUAACAAUUAAGGGCAAUAUACAAGUCAAUUUAUACGUG